AUGUCCAAGCUUAUCACUGUCUUCGGUGCCACGGGCAACCAAGGCGGCUCCGUGAUCAACCACAUUCUGGCGGAUCCCCAGCUCCACAAAGAGUUCAAGAUCCGAGGCAUCACCCGCGAUACCACCAAGCCCGCCGCCCAGGAGCUGCAAAAGCGUGGAGUGGAAGUUGUUACGGCCGAUCUGAACUCUGUCGAAUCUCUUCGCACAGCUCUCAAAGGAUCCCACACCGUCUUCCUAGUAACCAACUACUGGGAAUACGUCAACAAGGACACCGAGGUCACCCAGGGCAAGAACGUCGCCGAUGUAGCCAAAGAGCUCGGCGUCCAGCACCUGAUCUUCUCUUCUCUUGUUCACGUUACCGACUCCACUAAUGGCCGUCUCAGCCAUGUACCCCAUUUCGAUGGCAAGGCUGAAAUCGAAAGAUACAUCCGUGCUUCAGGUGUCCCCUGUACUUUCGUUCUUGCGGGCUACUUCAUGCUCAAUUACCUGCAGAUGCUGAAAAAGAGCGAUGAUGGCACCUAUCAGCUUUUCUAUCCUGUUGAUGGUGCUAAGGCUAAGUUUCCUUUAUUCGAUGCUGCGAAUGAUACCGGGCUUUUCGUCAAAGCUGUCAUCAAACAUGCUUCUAAGCUGAACGGGAAGCAGGUUCUCGAAGCCGCCGGCUACUAUACUGCUGAAGAGAUUGUGAAAAUCUUCACUGAGGUAACUGGAAAGAAGGCCGUCUUUGUGCCAGUGUCCGCCGAUCAGUAUAAAGCGGUUCUCCCGCCGUCUGUGGCUCAGGAGUUCCUCGAGAAUCAUCUGCUGAUUGAGUCGCCGGGGUAUUUUCUCGGGCAAAGCUUGGACAAAAGCUUGAAGUUGCUUGACGCUAAACCAACGUCUUUCGCUGAUUUUGUUAAGAAGAAUGUAGAUGCUUGGCAGUAG